GAAUAAAUAGCCUUUAUUCCUGUAGCUAUAAACAAAUCCUCAUAGUCUGAAGACACGUUAUUCCUUUAUCAUAAUGGACUACAAGGGAAUUGUCAUCAUUUGUGCUUUAUUGCUGUCUGCUACUCUUACAGAAGGAUUUGCUAUACCUCGUGGGAAUCGCUGUUUAUGCAAAACAUUUUCUACGAAACUUAAUGUGAUGGCAAUGCAAAAGUUGGAGAUUCACCCCAGAAGUUCUACAUGCGAGAGAAUUGAAUACAUUGCAACUUUAAAAAACGUACCCAUUCCAAAGUGCGUCAGCCCAAACCUUUUGGAACUAAGAGUUCUUCUGAGUGGAAAGAAUCGUCAUCUCAAGCAUAUCAAAGUGAUCCGCCAUCAAUAGCUGUGAACAUGGAUGAAAGACUUCAAACCAAAACAAACCAGUUGAAUAGUCUUCAUUUGCUUUCUACUGAUAAUUUAUUUAGGGUUAAAAAGCUAUGUUCUCUAUUCCUUCUGAAAUAUUUAUAAUUAUAGAAAAUGCAAAUGCAUUGUAAAGUGUUGUAAAGAGAAACAAUAAUUUAAAAAAAAUGUAUGACUGGAUGUACUGUAUAUGUAUUUAUUAUUUGAAAAUUUAGUAGAACAUCCAAUGUAAAAUAAUCUUCAAAUUAUUUGUUAUUGUUGUAGCAAAAAAAAUACAGUUAUUUUUAUUGCAUCUCGUUUUUUUACUGUAUGGAAAAAUAAUAAUUUAUUAAAGAAUAAAGAAUAAU